GCGGGUGACGUCCGUGGUGCGGGUGACGUCCGUGGUGCGGGUGACGUCCGUGAUGCGGGUGACGUCCGUGGUGCGGGUGACGUCCCUGAUGCGGGUGACGUCCGUGAUGCGGGUGACGUCCGUGAUGCGGGUGACGUCCGUGAUGCGGGUGACGUCCGUGAUGCGGGUGACAUCCAUGAUGCGGGUGACGUCCAUGGUGCGGGUGACGUCCGUGAUGCGGGUGACGUCCGUGAUGCGGGUGACGUCCGUGAUGCGGGUGACGUCCAUAAUGCGGGUGACGUCCGUAAUGCGGGUGAUGUUCGUGGUGCGGGUGACGUCCGUGGUGCGGGAGACGUCCAUGAUGCGGGUGACGUCCGUGAUGCAGGUGACGUCCGUGAUGCGGGUGACGUCCGUGAUGCGGGUGACAUCCGUGGUGCGGGUGACGUCUGUGAUGCAGGUGACAUCCGUGAUGCGGGUGACGUCCGUGGUGCGGGUGACGUCCGUGAUGCAGGUGACGUCCGUGGUGCCAGUGACGUCCGUGGUGUGGGUGACGUCCGUGGUGCGGGUGACGUCCAUGGUGCAGGUGACGUCCGUGAUGCGGGUGACGUCCGUGGUGUGGGUGACGUCCGUGAUGCCGGUGACGUCCGUGGUGCGGGUGACGUCCGUGGUGCGGGUGAUGUCCGUGAUGCGGGUGAUGUCCGUGGUGCAGGUGACGUCCGUGGUGCCAGUGACGUCCGUGAUGCAGGUGACGUCAGUGAUGCG